AAAACAAGAGAUCGCACGAAAACGUGAGUUUAAUUUACUCAAAAUUCCAUAAAUAAUGGAAAUUUGGAGAGUACAGACUAUUACUUCAUCCUAGAGAGAGGUCAUGGUCGAUGUGAAAGCACCCGUUGUAACAUGGCGUUCUUCCUUCCAAGAAGCAAAGAGGUUGUGUUACAUAGCAGCACCCAUGAUUGCUGUGAACUUAUCCCAGAGCUUAUUGCGCGUUGUUUCGAUGAUGAUGGUAGGUCAACUUGGCGAGCUUGCUCUCUCUAGCGCCUCCAUAGCUAUCUCCCUCUCUGGGGUCACCGGCUUUAGUCUUUUCCUAGGGAUGGCAAGUGCAUUGGAAACUUUAUGUGGACAAGCAUUUGGAGCAGAAGAAUUUAAGAAAGUUGGACUUCAUACUUACACUGCUAUAUUUUCCCUCACCUUAGUUUGUUUUCCUUUAUCUUUGAUAUGGAUAUUCAUGGACAAGUUACUAAUUUUUAUGGGUCAAAACCCUGACAUUUCUCGCGAAGCCAGAAAAUUCACAAUCUGGCUUCUACCUGGUCUUUUCGCUCAUGCUGCCCUUCAACCACUCGUUAGAUACUUUCAGGCACAAAGUUUGACAUUUCCUAUGCUUGUAAGCUCUGUCGUCACCCUCUUGAUCCAUAUUCCUCUCUGUUGGGCUCUCGUCUUCAAGUCCGGGCUGGAUCACCUUGGAGGAGCAUUAGCAAUCAGUAUAUCCUACUGGCUCAAUUUGAUUUUACUUGGAAUGUACAUGAAGUUUUCCUCUGCCUGUUCGAAAACCCGAGCUCCCAUUUCUAAGGAGAUAUUCGAAGGAAUCGGAGAGUUCUUUCGCUUUUCAAUCCCUUCUGCACUAAUGUUAUGCCUUGAGUGGUGGUCAUUCGAAUUGCUUAUCUUGCUCUCCGGGCUUUUACCAAAUCCGGCCCUCGAAACUUCAGUACUGUCUGUAUGUCUCCAGACCAUUUCAACACUCUAUGCAAUACCAUAUGGCUUUGGUGCUGCAGUAAGUACUAGGGUUGCAAAUGAACUAGGAGCCGGUAACCCAGAAGGUGCGCGUUUAGCUGCUCGCGUCGCAGUGUUUCUAGCAGCCAUAGAGACCAGUAUAGAAACCACAACCCUGUUCGCCUGCCGGUACAUAUUUGGCUACAUUUUUAGCAAGGAGAAGGACGUCGUCGAUUAUGUCAUAGCCAUGGCACCUCUAAUUUGUCUGUCUCUUAUUCUAGACAGCUUUCAAGGGGUCCUUACAGGUGUUGCUAGAGGAACUGGGUGGCAGCAUAUAGGGGCUUACAUAAACCUUGGAGCAUUUUAUCUCUGUGGGAUCCCAGUUGCUGCACUAUUGGCUUUCUUGGUACACCAAAGAGGAAGGGGACUUUGGAUUGGGAUACAAGUUGGUUCUUUUGUGCAAACCAUUCUGCUCUCCUUGGUAACAAUUCGUACAAACUGGGAAAAGCAGGCAAGGAAGGCAAGGGAGAGGAUAUUUGAGAAGAAGGCUUCGAUUGGAUAAUCAAUUGUGCCACUAAGCAAAGGUUGACGGAAAAUCUUGGCUUCGUACUUGUUCCUCCGUACAUGCAUACCACAAUUUAGCACAUGUUCAAAAAUGCUUUCAUACGUCGCUUAUGUAUAUUUAUCAACGGUUUUAUAGGUAAAGAGAAAUGACUCUUUAACUAUAACGAGCGAGUAGUGUUUGAUGAAAUUAAUUUCCUUUGAAAAAAUCCACCUAUCCUAUACAAGCCAAAAUUUACAUUCUUUUA